CAGCAAUGAGUUUAAUUAGAGGGCUGGUUUCCACUUUAUAUCAUCUUCCAAAGGUUUAUAAAUGGUUUUAUCGGCCCUAUUAUUUUCUGUCAUUGUUGAUGAGUCUGGCGUUUGUUAUCGUCCGCAGCUGUCCGGGAUUAUGUGAGCAUUUACCGUCUCAAAGAGAAGACGCCAACUCCUGCGCCUUCGACUGGAGGGAGGUGGAGAUUUUAAUGUUUCUCAGUGCUAUUGUCAUGAUGAAGAACCGCAGAGCCAUAACACUGGAGCAGCACAUAGGGAAUAUAUUUCUCUUCAGUAAGGUGGCGAACGUGGUGCUGUUUUUUCGAGUGGAUCUCAGACUCGGCCUUCUCUAUCUCACGCUGUGUGUGGUGUUUCUGAUCACAUGUAAACCACCGAUCUACAUGGGCCCUGAGUACAUCAAAUACUUCAGUGACUCAACUAUAGAUGAAGAGCUGCAGAGGGACAGUCGUGUGUCAUGGAUUGUUGAGUUUUAUGCUAAUUGGUCUCCGGAGUGUCAGUCAUUUGCACCCAUUUUUGCUGACCUGUCACUUAAGUAUAACUGCUUAGGCCUCAAAUUUGGAAAAGUCGACAUUGGACAAUAUGGAGCAGUCGCUGAAAGGUAUAAGGUAAACCCUUCACCGCUCUGUAAGCAGCUGCCCUCCCUGUUGCUCCUGCAGGGUGGUCGAGAACUCCUGCGCCGUCCUCUAGUGGACAACAAGGGAAGAGCCAUUGGGUGGAGUUUCACUGAG